GCCACCAUUAAAGUCACCACGGGUAUGAGACAGUUGAGGAAGAUUAGAGCCAAUCAUCACCAUGCCCUACACACGUGACUAUCACUUGGGAGCACAGCCAACACGUCAUGAUAGCUCUGUUAUCUAACACAAUCAUCUGCGCAGCCUGACUGCGAUAGCUCAUCAAUGCGCUAUGCUGCGAGCUACCUCUCUCUGUCACAGGUCCACCAGAGCCUGAGCCUGGCUUUCCUGAGCCUCCCUCCGGCUCUUUCAGUAUUGAUGGAGAGUCAGGAUACAUUGAAACACUAGGAGAGUUUGACCGUGAGGCAUUUGAAGGCCCAUAUGUGCUGGAGAUAGUAGCCACUGACAGUGGAGCAGGAUCUCUGAAGGGAACAGCAGUGGUUACUGUGUACCUCAAUGACAUCAACGAUGAAGACCCAGUAUUCCAGCCCACCACCUACUCCAAGACAUUGGCGGAAGAGCUCCCAGCCGGUCAGAGUGUUGUAACAGUAACAGCCACCGAUCGUGAUUCAGGUAGCAACAGUAUGCUGAGCUACAGCAUUUCUUCCAUUGUGGCUCUAAGCGAAACCGAGGACCAGUCACUAGUUGCAUCACAUUUCAUGGUCAACUCCUCAACUGGAGUAGUACAGACUGCCACUAGUUUGGACUAUGAAUUUGUUCAGAAGUAUGAAAUUACAGUGACUGCCACUGACGGUGGAAUCGAUGAAAGAUUGAGUUCAGCUACUGUUACUGUGACAGUGUCCGAUGCAAAUGAACACACUCCCCAGUUCUCCAGCAAUGACUACACUCUCCUUCUCCCUGAAAACACUCUGAGGAACAGCCGGUUCUCUCUGUUGGAGGUGACAGACAUGGACAGUGGGGACAAUGGAAUGCUCUCCUUCUCUGCCGAUAUCUCAGCUCCACUACAAGUAGACAGCGAGACAGGAGAAGUUGUAUUGGUUCAGUCUCUCGACUACGAGGCAGACACCAGCUACAUGUUCACUGUCAAUGUAACUGAUAAUGGAGAAUUCCCUAACACAAACUCCACUAGGGUCUUAGUUCUCGUGGAGGAUGUGAAUGACAACAGUCCAGUCUUCCAGAACACUAGCUACUCCACCACUAUCCCAGAGGCCAACACCACCUCACCCUAUGACAUCCUCACAGUUAACGCCACUGACAGAGACUCCAACGCGUUAGGGAGUGUCAGAUACAGCUUGUUGUCUGGAGCCAGCCCCCUCUUCUAUAUUGACAGAGGAACAGGACAACUUCUGGUUGUGGAGAAUGUCGAUUUUGAGUCACUUAACCCAGUCCAAGGAGCCAGCGAGGUCCAGCUCCAGCUGACGGUUGAAGCCAGGGAUGGUGGAGGCCUCGCCUCUACUGCUUUCAUCACUGUGACUGUGACUGACGAGAAUGACAACUCCCCGGUGUUCAUUAAUGCUCCAUACACUGCUAGUGUUAGAGAAAACACAGCUCCCGGGCUGGAGGUGACCGCGGUGAGGGCAAGUGACAGGGACAGUAAUGAAAACGGAGUCGUGAGGUAUUCUAUUGACAACAAUGAAAACUUCUCCAUUGAUGAGAUCACUGGAGUCAUUACCACGGGAACUGUGGGUCAAUCCAGUUCUUCUAUGCUCUAUGACCAUGAGUCUGAUACAAAGGUGUACAGUCUGACAGUCUAUGCAACAGACAACGGCACAGAUGCAAGAGUCUCAGAAACUUUAGUCACAGUGACAAUAUUGGACACCAAUGACAACAGUCCAGUGAUAGAGUCAGUAGAUGGGCAGAUUGUGGCAGUCCCUGAGGAUGCUGGUAGAGGCACACUAGUAGGGGCUGUCAUCAAUGUUAGAGAUGAUGACGAUGAAGAGAAUGGACAGGUGAACUUCACUCUGUCCAAUGAUGGAGGUCUGUUUGAAGUGAGUCCAUCUGGUGAAGUCACUCUUGCAGGAGAACUGGACAGAGAGACCCAGGCAGAAUACAACAUCACCGUCACUGUCACUGAUAGAGGCCAGCCACAAAGAACAGCUCUGACGUAUAUCUUGGUCAGUGUGGAAGAUGUAAAUGACAAUGCCCCAAUCUUCAGUCAGGAAAUCUGCACAGCAGCCAUUUCAGAGAGGGAAGGUGGAAACGCACUUGUCGCCCAACUCAGAGUUGAAGACAGAGAUUCAGUGAACAAUGGAGCAGAGCAACUCUCAUUCAACAUUGUAAAUGACCAGCCAAUGUUCAUUGUUGAGGGGAUGGAGGAUGGAGGCUCAUGGCUGGUGAAAGUAAAGACUGCAACGGGAAGUGAGUUUGACUAUGAGACUGGGCCUCGUUCGUACCUCCUUGUGAUCGAGGCCAGAAACAUGCGCUCUCCUUUCCUGGCUGCCACUACAAACUUCACUAUCAUUCUUUUUGACAUCAAUGAUGAGCUUCCAGAGUUUUCCACUUCCCCAUACACCUUCUCUGUGCCAGAGAAUUUCCCUGGUGGUGGGACAGUGGGUUCCAUACUGGCCACUGACCCCGAAGAAGGAAUGGUGUCUUAUGAAUUUGCGGAUGGCACACCAGACAGCACCAAAAACACUUUUUCCCUUCACACCAAUACGGGAGUACUGACUCUCAAAAUUCCCAUCAACAGUUCAAUAGAGUUUUCAGUUGUGGCAAGAGAUGGAGGAAAUCCAUUCCAGAUUUCUACUGCCAGUGUCAGGGUAACUAUCGAGGAUAUUGAUGAGCUUGCACCAACGUUCACUCGAGCCUUAUACAGCGAAACCGUGUUUGAGAAUAGGGAUCCAGCAGAAGUUAUUACUGUCAGAGGUACCAGCACUGACUCCAGUGCCAUCACCUUCAGCAUUGUGGCUGGUGACACUCCUGACUUCUCCCUUGACUCCAACACUGGAGUCCUUAGUACAACACGUUCUCUUGACAGGGAGGCCAUUCCUCUAUAUAUCUUCACUGUACGGGCUGAAGAUGGUAUGGGCAGAGCCAGUUACACUCAGGUGAUUGUCACAGUGGACGAUGAGAACGAUGUCACCCCAACAUUUCCACUGUACUCUUACACAUACUGCAUUAAAGAGUCGUCAGCAAUCUCCACUACCCUAGAGCCAUAUGCUAGAGCAACCGACGCUGAUGUUGGCAGCAAUGGAAUCAUUGAGUACUUCCUUCAGUCAUCCUCUACUCACCCAUUCCGAGUAGACCAAUCUUCUGGAGUGGUUUCUCUGGAUGGAGAAUUGGACAGAGAGACCAAACCAUCAUACACCCUCAUUCUAGAGGCAGUAGACCAAGGUCCUCCCAGCAAAACUGGCACCACUGAGCUCAGGAUAAAAGUGGAUGAUGUUGACGAUGAACGUCCAAUCUUUGAUCAAACUUCGUAUUCUGCCACUAUCCUUGAGAACUCUCCUGAGGGGGUGUCUGUUGCUGUUAUAAGCGCCAACGACCAAGACACCAAUUCUCUCAAUUACUAUAUCACUGACGGAGACCCACUUGGGCAGUUCUACAUGGACCCUCUCUCAGGCCUCAUAACAACAACUGCUGUCUCUCUGGACAGAGAAACCGAGGAUGAGUACAGACUCAAGGUUUCUGUCACUGAUGGCUCCAGAAUGGACGAGGGCGAGGUAGUGGUUGUCAUUGGCGACCUCAAUGACAAUAGUCCUUUAUUCACUCAAGAAACAUAUAUCGUCACUCAUGAUGAAAGCAACAGCAAUGAUUUGGUUGUCACCAAAUUAACUGCAAAUGACGAUGACGAGGGGAGCAACGGGAGAGUAGAAUAUCGUAUCACUGGCGGCAACCGUAAUACCAUCUUCUACAUGGACUCCUCAGGGCAGGUGGUGGCAAGGGCAGGGAAACUUGACUACGAGACAGAUCCAAUGCACACUCUGACCAUCGAAGCCAUUGACCAGGCCUCUCCAGAAAGCAUGCAGAGGUUCUCUACUGCAGUGGUGACGGUACUGUUGAGAGAUGUCAAUGACAACCGACCCAUCUUCUCUCAGAGUCUGUACAACACAAGUCUCAUGGAGAAUGUGGCCAUGGGAACAACUGUUGCGGUUGUCUCAGCAACAGAUGGAGACUUGGGAACCAAUGGACAGAUCAGUUAUAGACUCGAAGGCUCGUCAAGAUUGUUCACCAUCAACACCACUAGUGGAGUUGUUAAGGUAUCAGGAGAUGUGGAUUAUGAGAUGGGACAGGAACAUGAGUUGAGUGUGGAAGCCAGAGACAAUGGAGACCCCAGACGUAGCAAUGUGGUCACACUGCAUGUUGAUGUGAUCAAUGUUGAGGAUGAGGCACCUCAAUUCCCCAUCAGUUUCUACACCACCAGUGUAGAUGAAGGUGCUCCCAGCUCAACGUCAGUGCUGACAGUGUCAGCUACUGACCCUGAUGGAACUGACUCCUUGGUCUACGACAUCAUCCAGUCUUCAAGCAAUGUUGGCAGCUCUUACUUCAGGAUGGACCCAGUCAGCGGAGAGAUCUCCACUACAGGCACUCUGGACAGAGAGACUGUGCCUGUCAUAGACCUUGCAAUCAUUGCUACUGACUCUGCAGGCCACAAUGAUACUGCAAUAGUCCAGAUCACUGUUGGAGACGUGAAUGAUAAUUCUCCUCAGUUCAAUGCCGAGUACUACACAGCCUCACUCAGGGAGAACAGUCCUGUUGGGACCACCAUUGUUCCAUUCUUUGAUGGAAGCAGCACGAGAGUGGAGGCCAGGGAUGCAGAUGGACCGGGUGUGAACUCAGUGGUCAUCUAUGACAAGGAAGGAGAAGACCAGGACAAAUUCUCCAUUGACAAGGACACAGGCGUUGUGACAGUUGCUGCAGGAGCUGUCCUGGACAGAGAGGUUGACCAAACUCUGGAGCUCAUCAUCACUGCUGAGGAUCGUGCCACCUCCCCAAGGAUAUCCCGUAUUACCAUGACAAUCACCCUUGAGGAUGAGAACGACAACAUUCCAUUCUUCAUUCCUCGGUUUGGCUACUCUUUAACUGUACCAGAAGACACAGCAGUGGGGACAGUCCUAACAAUUGCUGAGGCAGUGGAUCCUGACCUGGCAGGCGAUAUCUCCUUCACAGCAGGCACCUCCUCCCCUCCACACAAGCUUUCGUGUUUCUCUAUCAACAGUACAACUGGAGCCAUUACUCUAGAGAGAAGCCUGGACCGCGAACAAGAUCCCUUCAUUUCUCUCAUGAUUAGUGCCCAUGACAGCGGCACACCCAGUCUGGCUGCCAGCACUAUGGUGCAGAUUACAGUCACUGACGUCAAUGACAACCAGCCAGUCUUCUCCCAGGAGACCUAUAUUGCCAUGGUUUCAGAGGCCCACACCAUUGGUGCAUCAGUCAUCGCGGUUGUGGCUGAAGAUCCUGAUUUUGGGACCAGUGGUCAGCUGGAGUACAGUGUAAACAGCAGACAGUUCUCCAUCAACAAAGAUACAGGAGAGCUAACAACAACUGUGGCUCUGGACUAUGAGACUCAGAGACUAUAUGAUGACAUCACCAUCCUGGCAUGUGACAAGGAUCCUCAGAGCAACUGCUCUACUGCCAGUGUGAGAGUUUACGUGAUGGACUUCAACGACAAUUCCCCAUCUUUUGACUUCUCACUGUAUCGCACGGACAUCUGCCACACCCACCCAGUGGGUGAGGUAUUCAUACAGCCUGUUGCCAUUGACAAGGACUCAGGAAUAUACUCUCAAGUGACAUACUCUCUGGAUGAUGAAAGUGGACUGACAUCAAUCUCGCCAGACACCGGGCGAAUGUUCCUUCGUAGAAAUGUGACAUCUGAGGAAAUAGGGUUAGAGUUCACUGCUGUCAUUACAGCUAGGGAUGGGGGAACCCGCAUGCUCUCCUGCUGAUACUGAGGUUGUUGUGCGGGUCCUUGACUGCCACAACUGACCAUUCAGAUUUAUCGUCCCCUUCUUUGAGGGUGAAGUGACAGAAGAGCAGACAGGAAAUAGCGUAACAGUUGUUACUCUCUCUCUGAUUCUUCUCUGUGGAAACCCUAAGUGGUGGAAUCUCGACAGAGCCAGGCCAAGCUCAGGGGUUGUACUUCAGUCCUGAACUACCACAAAACCCAUUCGGUCUCGCUGGUACAGCUCUCACCGUCACCCAGCCUGACCUACUGGAUCGAGAGACACGUGGUUUCUACACAUUGCCAGUUAUUGCUACUGGAAGCAUGGCCUAUGCCACAGUCACAGUCAGAGUGAUGGAUGUGAAUGACAACCGUCCACAGUUACAGCUGCCUGCUCUCUUGUUCACUGUCCCUGAGAAUAUCUCUGAGCCUGUCUACAUCACCACUGCUGUUGCCAAUGACGAUGAUACUGGAAACAAUGCUGAUAUUCAGUUUAGCUUCACCGUUACCAGUGACAACUUUAGCAUCAAUGGGAGUACUGGAGAGGUAACGACGUUGAGGGAACUGGACAGGGAGGAGAUGGACGUGCACCAACUGACAAUUCAGGCAACAGAUGGAAUGUUCUCAGAGGAGGGCACUAUCACAGUGACUGUUGCAGAUGUCAACGACAAUCCCCCAGUGUUUGGACGAGACUCAUACUCAGUGGCGGUGCUUGAAAAUAGACCUCGAGGUACCAGUGUAUUGACUGUGGAGGCCACAGAUGAGGAUUUGGGAGAGAAUGCUACCAUUUCAUUCUCCAUUGCUGAAGGAGAUGAGAGGCUCUUCACUGUCGACUGUAAGUCAGUCCUGCAGCGAAUCACUCAUCGACUAGUCCUUCCUUCAGCCGAGACUGGACUGGUCAGAACAUUGGUUGAACUAGACUUUGAGAGCAACCCUUGGCAUUCGCUGAUCGUUAGAGCUUCUGAUGGUGGAGCUUCUUCUCUGUCAAGCUUUGCGGUGAUCAAUAUAACAGUCAUGGACCUCAAUGACCACAUCCCUACUUUUUUGAAUCCCUUGCCUUCCAUCGAGAUCUCUGAGAGAGUAGACAUAGGGGAGAUUCUGACAGAUUUGAUGUAUCUGAUAGUGACAGCGGUGAUCUUGGUGAAGAUGGAGUCAGAUUUGCCAUUGUUGCAGGUACAAGAUACUGAUCUGUUCUCAGUGGAUAAUGUCACUGGUGUCUUGAAGACGGAGGCCCUCUUGGACAGAGAUGAGGGACCAGAGUGUCAUUUCCUCACCAUCCAGGCAACAGACUCUGCUGGAGACAGCUCACUCUCCAGUGUGACUGAGAUUCAGGUGUGCCUCAUGGACGUAAAUGAUAACUGCCCAAAGUUCAUUCAACCAUCAUUCAGUGGACAGAUACCGGAGAACCAGGUAACUGGCCAGCAGCUGCUGCUAAGAGUGCGGGCCACAGAUGGCGACAGUGGUACCAAUGGAGCCAUUGAGUAUGGCCUGUUGAGGGAUGGUGUAGUGUUUGACAUCGAUCCCACGACUGGAUUCCUCUCUCUCACCUCAUCUCUGGACACAGAGACGACUCCCAGCUACGACCUGGUGGUUGAGGCCUGCGACCGUGGAGCAGGGCCAUGCUGCACCAACACAACCAUCACUGUGAAUGUUAUUGACGUCAACGACAACAGACCUGUGAUCACAAACAUCAAUACAGACUCCUGUAUCGAUGUCGUUGAGUUGUCAGGGAAUGUACAGGAAAUUGGAGAUGUGGUGUUCGCAGUCAACGCCACUGAUAGGGACAGUGGACUGAAUGGAGCAAUUCUCUUUGAAAUUGUUGGCAGCAGCCCCUUCUUUGACAUCUCCUCCAGUGGAGUGAUCACAAUAGCUGGCCAGCUCGACUACGAGACUCAGAACACACACCAGCUGUACAUCAAUGCCUUGGACCAAGGCCAGCCUCUUUCCCUCACGUCUGAGACCAGGAUCCUCUGCAUCAACGUAGUGGACAUCAAUGACAAAAUCCCCUCCUUCCCUGUUACCCAAUAUAACAUGACCCAGAAUGAGGGCACACUGCCUGAAGCAGCCAUUGUGAAUGUCUUUGCAAGAGAUGACGAUUCAGGAGACAAUGCAGCUGUCUUUUACUCCAUCACCAAUGGAAAUACCUCAGUCUUCAGAAUCAAUGAGGAAACUGGUCAAAUGUUUCUGCUGGAGGAGUUAGAUUGUGAGACGACCACUAGUUUCUCUCUCACCAUCACAGCCAACAACUCUCUGAGUACCUGUCCCCUCAGCAGCACAGUCCAGGUCCUUGUAUUGGUGGGUGAUGUGAACGACAACCCUCCAGUCCUCAGCCAAAACAUGUACAACACCACCAUACCUGAGAACGUGGCACUCUCUGAAGAAAUCCUUCGAAUUUACGCCACAGAUGCAGAUAAGACUGCUCCAAAUAACGAGCUGCAGUAUCGUCUUCUGCUGGGAGCUGGCUCUAAUCCAUUCCAUCUGGAUGAUCAGGGGCGGUUGACAGUACAGAAUGCCCUGGACGCAGAGGGUCUAUUCGGACUGCAGUACUCUUUCUCAGUGGAAGUAAGGGACAGUGGAGAGGUGGUUAUGAGAGACUCAGCAAAUGUCGUAAUCUUUGUGGAGGAUGCAAACGAUGAGGCACCGUUUUUCUCUCAGAAUACAUUCUCUGUGUCUGUGAGUGAAAGUGAGGACACUCCGUUCCCUCUCCUGCCUCUCUUCUUCUUUGACGAUGAUGUUGAACCAAGCAACAGGGAGAGUUUCAUUACCAUUGACUCGGUAACCGGCUACCACACUCCGACCAAUAACUUUGUCACCCUCAGAGGGUCUGAUGCAUUCUCUGUGAACGAGAACAACACUCUGGAGCUGCGACGGAGUUUAGACCGUGAAAACAUUUCCUCGUAUGGCGUCACUGUAGCCGUUACCAAUACUGCUGACUGCUAUGAACAAGAUGGUGGUCAGUGCUCUAGUUUUGCUGUUAUUGAGGUGGCAGUGAUAGAUGUGAAUGACAAACUAUCCUAGGUUCAGCUCCAUAUCAUAUUCUGGAGAGGUUAGCGUGACAGCUUCAGUUGAACUCAGUUCUAAGAGUGGACGCCUCAGAUGCAGACACUUGGCAAUUUCGCAGCAGUUCUGCUACAGCAUCACAGAUUCUCUGGAUGGUAGGUCAGAAUGAUGAGGAGGAACACGGAGUUGGUUCCUCGACACACGUGGCUAGCAGUUGUGAAAAUCUUGACGGACAAAUGCUCUCUCACUGACAGUGUUGGCCUCAGACAACCCUGACAGCUCUCCUUCACGUACUAGCACAGCUACUGUCAAUCUGGUCCUUCUCACUGACAUUCCAGAGAAGCAGUGUUCUACUUUAGCUGCGCGGAUGACACAUGUCCAGUCAGAGGCAGAGAUCACCAGGACCAUUGCAAUGUGAGUGACUGAUAUUCAGGUAGAGUAGAGAACUAUGCAGAUCACGCCGAUGACAUCAGGUCCACUUCAUCUUCAGGCGAACUGAUCACCACCCCAACACUGCCCAACAAAAUUUGUGGACUUUGACGAGGUCUUCAGCGAUGACAGAGAGUGGGGAGACAAGGACACCGAGCUGAUCACCAACUGAGCGCCAUUUGCCCAGUGGAAAAGAUCACAGGCCUUGCCAACAUUGUAUGACUACGCAUAUCCAGAUGCUCUGGACACACAGAACAUGUGUCAUCCUGUCCUGUGUGUUCAUUUGUCGGCAGGGCUAUAACCACACUAUCUCUCCAUUCGACAGAGAUGGGUGUACGUUGUACAGUACAAAAAAGGCAAAGAAAGAUUUCUGAAUAAAGGAAAUGCCAGUACUAAUACUAGAACACAUUUUUUGGCGUGAGAAUGCAAAAGUCACAGGUGCAUGUGCGCACAGCAAUGAUUGCAAUUACGUAUGUGUGAUUAGUUAGGACAUUAUGGUGGCAAUGUUGGAUACCACAAAUGGAAAAAAUUUCGCAUUCAGAAACGACGUAGGCUUGUUCCCAAUUAGUGUACUCAAGGUAAGGGUCACCUCUCAAUUAAGGACUCUUUUCACUACAAGUCUCAAUCUCUCUGUUUUUUUGGUUUUUUCCUUCGUUGUAGAGCUCUCCACGACACAAGGAGCAAGUUGCUGGCAGAUGUGUUCUACGGCAGUCCAGGCUCUGCCUCUCUGGUAGAGAAUGUCCACCAUGAGAACUUGCAGCUGGAGGAGCUGGAAGGGAAGACCGGGAACCAGCAGAAUCCGAUGUUCGUCCAGCCGUACGACAACUGGGACGGAAUUGACGCCAGUGGUCCUGAGUCCACGGGAGACAUUAGCAGCAUGAACAGAGACAACCCUCUCUAUGAGUCUCAGGAGAUACGAAUGGAGAUGUUUGCAGAUGUGUCUGAUGAAGAAGAAGGAGACGAGGCGGACGAUGCAGAGCUACUUGCAGCUGCUCUCAAAGAAGACGAAGAACCAGAAGACAACUCAGUGACUGCCAUCUGAGCUGAACUACUUAGCCAUAGCGAUAGACUCUCGUAUUUAGCUAGUUAGAUAGACACAUGUAUAAUCCCUUAUCGAACAGUAUUACUCUAGCCCUUUUUUGUAACAUACCAUGGGAACAGAAACCUUUAUUAUACCCAUUGGACUCUUGCCCUG